UCGAUGGCGUCCGAGGAAGGCGAGAAGAAGAUGAUCAUGCUUAAGAGCUCGGACGGCGAGGAAUUUCAGGUCGAGGAAGCGGUCGCCAUGGAGUCUCAGACCAUCCGCCACAUGAUCGAGGACGACUGCGCCGACAAUGUCAUCCCGCUCCCCAACGUCGACUCCAAGAUCCUCUCCAAGGUCAUCGAGUACUGCAAGAAGCACGUCCAGGCCAACCCCAAACCGGCCGACUCCGCCGACGCCGAUGCCAGCUCCUCCACCUCUACUGCAAACGCCGCCCCGGUUGAGGACCUCAAGAGCUUUGACGCCGAGUUCGUCAAGGUCGACCAGGCCACCCUCUUAGACCUCAUCCUCGCUGCAAACUACCUCAACAUCAAGGGAUUGCUCGACCUUACUUGCCAGACUGUUGCCGACAUGAUCAAGGGAAAGACUCCGGAGGAGAUCCGCAAGACUUUCAACAUCAAGAAUGACUUCACACCCGAGGAGGAGGCCGAGAUACGCAGGGAGAACCAGUGGGCUUUUGAGUAG